AUCAGUCUCACUCUGCCUUGACACCUUAACAUGGCUCUUAAGGUUUACGUACUCGCUGCCCUUGUAGCUGUCACCGUUGCUGACACUAUCCCUUACACUCCUCCACGCCCCUCCUACACUGCUCCUGCCCCCUCGGGUCCUGCCCAGUAUAACUUUGACUGGUCAGUCAACAACGGCAACUCUGGCAACAACUACGGUCACAAUGAAGGUCGCAAUGGUUACGAUACGGAAGGAGCUUAUUACGUUCAGCUUCCCGAUGGUCGUCUACAAAGGGUUACCUACACCGUGAACGGCGACUCCGGUUUCGUGGCUCAAGUCGAAUAUGAGGGUGAAGCCCAGUACUCAGCCUAUCAGCCCUCUCCCAGCUACAGGCCAACCCCAAGCUACGCUUAACAAAAUAUUAGACAGACGUAGGAACUUGGCUCUCGUCGUCAUCUUGUACGAAGUUCCUUAAAUUAUUAUAUUAAUAAAAAAUACUUAAUUA